GGUGCAUUCGGCAACGGACCAGCUGUCAUGGCGCCUCAGUGUUGUGUGCCCAAAUGUGCGUCCUCAAAGAGAAAAAAUCCUACCGUGGACAGACUUUCCACCGUUUCCCCAAAGAGCAGGCACUUCGCCGUGAAUGGAUAAAUCACGUCAAGAGGGAUCCUGGUCCAUAUUUCAAGAUCAACGCUGAGACCAAGGUUUGCUCUGAGCACUUUGAGAAGCAGUGUUUUGUAAAGACCGCCCGUGGUAUCACAGAGCUUAUAAAGGAUGCUGUGGCAACUUUGUUCGCCUGGACUUCAGAGAGGCCAAAGAGGAGAAUCAUCAUUCGCAGACCGAGUACGGAUUCCAUGGAGGUGGAUGAAAACCAGCCUGAUGUGAGAAGGGAUGCCUUGAGGUGGAGCUUUCCCAUGACCAAGAGAUGAACGCUAAACUCAAUAGUUUUUUUUUUUCUCCUCCU